GGUGUUGAUUAUCUGACCUAUGCGUGGAUGAAUGUUGACUGAUUGUCUACAGCUUUUGUUGAUCUGUGUUUAAAUAUAUAUAUUAUAAGUUUAUGCGGUCAAAACACUCAGGUAUUAUGGAGGAUUUGAGUCUUAGUUGUGAACAUUUCUCAAUUUUAAUGCUCAUGUCACUUUAGGCUAUUUCUCUAAGAAAUCAAAGCUUUCAGUUGUUCCUGUCUGCCCCUCCCCCUUUUUUUGCUUUUCAAUCAAUUGGGAUUCUGAUUGUCCCAUACAACCCCACAAUUCAGACCAACUCCAUAAAUUAUUAAUUUUUCGAACAUAGAACUAAUAAGCUUUUAUUAAAGUCACUAAUAAUUAUUUAGGUCUGGACUUCCAAAUUUUCAUGAUUCUACUCUAACUCAAACUCGCUAAUGAUAAUAAUUUACUUUAUCUCAGUAAAUUUUGGGUUUAAGGUAUGGGUUUUUGCCUAAGCACAGUGACGUCACUUUGGGGAAUCCCAACACUGGACUUCGGGUGAAUAGACCUAUCAAUUGUAGGAACCAAACGAUGUGUGUGAUAACAUUCCUGUUCUUUACUGAGCAUUACUCGCGUCAUAAAUGAUACGGCUAAUAUGAAGUAUAUUAAAAUGAAAUUUGUAUUAAAAUUCAACUUGCACGUUUCAAAAGAAAGGAAAAAAGAAUAACAUCCUUGCUGAUAUUCCAAGACUUAACACCGGGGGGAAAAAAGACGCACGCCAAAAGUAAUGUAUUUUGAAUAGUUGAAAAUCGAAACACCUGUAUGUUAAAACUUCGGUAACAAAAAAGAGACUACUGCUUAAAUUGCAUUUCGAAUUAUCUUCUAGGUACUGGGGAAGGGAGGGCCCCCUCCCCACUUUAAAAACCCAAAUAAUAAACAAAGAAAUCCUAGACCCCUCUCCCAAUUUCAAAAAUAAAAAAUAAAUAAAUAAGAAAACAAAAACUUGCAUUAUGUGAAUACAAACAUUGAAAUCUUUUUAUUAUGGUGCUGUAGAUGGAAGUUGACCUGGGGGAACCUCUGUGACCUAUAUACCUUGGAACACAUCGCCAGCCUUACCGCUAACCCAAAAUCAACCCUAUAUCUCAUACUAGUCAUACUCAUAUCAUCGACAAACCAACCAAAUGUUUAAAAGUGACUCCAAUAAAAUAACUGUCUAUGUGUGAUUAUGAUGCUCAGCAUGUCUUUGAAAUGGAUGUCUCAUUUGCUAUCUGCACUGCAGUCAAAAUUAUAAAAUUUUGUAUUAUACACCCUGAAGAAGAAUUGAUUAUAAAAUGUAAAAGAAAAUUUAUGUCCCAUCUGCCAUCAUAGUAUAGACUGUGAACAGUCUAUUAGACAAUAUAAAAUAUAUUAUGAUAUAGGCUUAACUAACUAACACACAUACUCUGGUGAAAGUCUGAGAUUACUCUUUUAUGACCCCGGCUAGUAAACUGGCUACCAGCUCCAUCUGCUGAGCUGAGCCAUACAACAUUUUCCUCACAAAGGGUUCUCCAACCAUACUGGCUUCCCCCGGGACAUCCGGUAAGGGACAUUUGGUCAACAGGUGCGCUAGUGUCUCCAGGACCAGGCUGCUAUGCCGGCAGGUAGGAUCCCUGUUGUUGUACUGUCCAGCCGCCAGAAGUAUGGGGCAAUGCUCUGUACGCAUUUGCGACACCAAGCUCUGCUGUCUGCGGCCUAACCCUCACCAUGGGUCUUGUUUGCUAAGAGUGGGCAAAUUUGAAAAGACGCCUCUGGCGGUCGUCUUGUCUGCCCAUUGCCUGUACCAUUCAUCCUGAAGUGGUUUCCAGCCAUGUAUUUAUUCCCAAAUAAGUUAUUGGCCUAACUAUGGAGGGAAUGGGGUGGUUGAGCUAUUUAAAAUGUUACAAAAUAAUUUUUGCUGGGACAUAAAUUUCAUGGUGAGCAAAGUUACUUCAUUGUAACCCUUUCGAUGUGAGGCAAGAAGUGUCAACAACUUGCUGUCACCCCCUUCCUUCGCAUAAUUUGUUCUGGUACAUGCACCUUUCCCUCAACUAAAACACGCGUGCUGCUACAGUUACACACUGUGGUAAGAAAACUGUAAAAAUGAAGAGAAAAAAAAUAAUAAUAAUUUUAAAAUAAUGAAAACCCAACUUACAGUAUCAUAGAAUACACACUUUUACAAACUUUUUUUCAGGUUCUUCAAGAAAGAAAAUCCAAAAGUUGUCAGAAAAUCAAUACAAUACAAUACUUUAUCCCUUUUCUAAAAUUUCGGAAAAUGUAUAUAUUAUAAUUACACAACUAUUGAAAUUUUGUUUUAAAACGUUCCGUUGUUGUGUUAAAAAAUAAGUUAAGUCUUGUAACAACACAAGCAUAAACAAAAGGGAGAGAAUCCUACACAGACACACAUCAUGGUGCUGAUUGCCGAAAUUGACAAAUGAUUUAAUUGAAAUUAAAUACUGAUAGACCUACAUUAAUGUCAUUACAUAAUUAUUAUAAAAUUAGAGGCCCACCCCAAAUACUAAAGAAAAUUAUUGUCGGUAUGCUACAUUUAUGCUUAUUAUAAAUUGCUUAUAUUUAUAUAAAUUAUAAUACAAUAGCAGUGAUACCCAAAAUGGUGGUCCAAGGAGUGGGACUUAUAUUUUAUCAACAUACUCCCAGUUGUUAGUCAGUAAAAGAUGAACUAUUUAAGCAGAUUUAAAAUUACAAUAAAUAAUUUGGGCACUGGUGCUAGUAAUUCUAAAAUAAGGCUUAUUCAUAAUAUUCUUGGACCAUACAACAAUAAGAAUACUACCAACUAAGCUAGUCAUUAGUGGUUACUAUGCAAGUAAAGCAAGCUUCAUAAACGGCAAUUACACUUCAAGAAAUAAGAUUAUUCUCAAUUUAAUAAGAAACACUAUUAAUAUUGAUUGCAUAUCUUUCGAACAUUUUGAAAAAUUAUCUUUAACCUGAAAACGAUGAAAUCUGGCAAUUUUUUAAGUAUUUAUAAAUUUAAUAAAUUAUCUUUGUGAAGGCUCCUGCAUGUUGCUUUCUUUGAGAACUGAACCAAAAUACAAGCUUAAGCAAGAAAACUUUUAAAAUUUUAAAUAUACACAAUAGUGAAUUUUAUUAAUAAUUACAUACAUCAAUUUAUAUGCAAGACUGUAUGAUUAUGAAAGUAGAAGUUGUUCAAUUUUUAGUACAUUUAAAUAUAAAAUAAAUAAUUUACUUUUGAUAAAUAUAUUGAUAAUUAUAAAGAUACUUACCAACAUAAUGUCAAUUAUUUAAACAGGGUUCUUCUUCUUCUAUAUAUUAAGGGCCCACAAUCAAUUUAUUGAUCAUUUUGGCUCCUAUGCAUGUGGAAGGGAUUUGCAAUGUUUCUGUGCCUGGUGUUGAUGAGGGUAUUUCACUGACUGCAUGUGUCUAGUGUUGUCGCCUCAACUGUUCCUUUUGAAAGCUUGUUCUAGUCCCUGAUUGUCCUAUGCAGGAAUGAGCAGUUCCUAUGCUGGUUUCUUGCUGGUAUGAGCCAGAAUUGCCUGUCAUGGCCUCAUCGCUGUCUAUGGGGGAGCCAAUGGGGCAAUUUUAGGAACCGAACGAUGUGUGUGAUAACAUUCCUGUUCUUUACUGAGAAUUACUCGCGUGAUAAAUGAUACGGUUAAUACUGCCAGCAGUUAAGACCUUAAUUCACAUUUUUUUCUACACACUAAGUAUAUUCUAUUCAUUAUCUCAUCUCGUAUUCCUUGCAACUUUCAAAAUAUCCAUAAUUUAGCAUGUCUUUACUAAAUGAGUUACAUAAUGCAACUUUUAUCUGUUUUAAUGAAGCAUAUGAGGAUUAAUAUUUGGCAGUUUUCAAAACGAUUUAUUUGUUUCGUUUAGGAUUAUGAUGUACAAUUUAAUAUAAAUAAUAUGUAAUAUUAGUAAAUUAGUUUGUGUCAUUUCAUUAGCAUUUUACUCACUAUCUGAUAACAAUAAAACAUACAUUUAAAAAAAUAUAUAUAACGGUAUGAUGUUUUUACAAAAAUGCAUCAUUGAAUUUAUUGAUUAGCCAAAUCAACAUUUUAAUGAUCAAAUAUGAGCUGGUACUCUUAGCUGGCCAUCUAAAGGUUUUUAAUCAUAAGAAUUUAAAUCAACUAUGAAACCAGUUUUUCUUGUUCCAAUUUUGCCAGACACUGGACAAUAUAAGCGGCAAUCAUGAGCUUGACCUCUGAACUGUUGGAGCUCAGUCAACACUUGCAGCAGGAACACCUGUUUGUGUCAACUGAGCGGGAGCAGCUGCAGCGAUUGUAUCUCAAUGUGACUCUUUUGUCAGAGAGGUUAUUUCACAAUGCUUGGAUCGCCAGGCAACAGAAGGUUAAUCUCCAACAGUAUUUGGAUCAAGGAACCAAUGCAGGAGAAAGUCUAGAGGUCAGUUUGUGGAAGUCCCCCUUUUUUAAAACUCUUUUGGCAAAAUUGUUCAUCACAUUUGGAAGCAAAUAAAAUAGAGGCUAUAACAAAAGAUACUGCUCAAUUAAAUUUCAGUUUUGUUUCAUAAUUCCUUAUAAAAAUGAUUUUUUAAAUUGUUAACUGGUAGUAUACAGCCUAUUUGUGUAAAACAGUGUGAUGUGUCAAGAUGGCCAAUUGCUUCUGAUUUCAGAUAAAUAUUUUUGACCAUACUAGUGAUCAUUAUAGGUUUUAGUUAGUGUUAUUUCAUCCCCAACAAAUGUUGCUUUAUAUUGCCAACUAGUCAUUUCCAACAGACUACUUUAAUCAAUCAAAGCUAGUGACCACUCUUGGCAAGAUUUGUAACCCAUACAUCUUGGUUAAGAGGCAGGAAAUGUUACCAUUGCAACAUAGUGUCUUUCAUUCCCUUGACAUAAGUUUUGCUUCACUACAGCCAAUGUGUCAGUGCCGUAUUAUUUGAACUAAAGUAGCGAUAUACGAGAUCGCCAUGCCCCAAGUGGCAAAGGAAAACAUUAACUUACAAAUGAGAGUCAGUUUAGCUAUGAAGCUGCUAAAUUGUUACCCACUCUUUACUUUUGUUAAAGUAUUGGAUCAACGUAUUCAUAAAACUGGUUUCAAUUAAGAACUAUCUUAAGGAUUUUAAUAGUAGGUUAAUUGUAUUUAUUUUUUUUCAAACCUUUUAUUUCUAGGUUUACAGUACCAAUAAUCAGCUGGAAGAAACAAAUUUUGUGGAUUCUUAUAAAGUAUUCAGCUACCAUGACACCAAGUAUGGAGACCUUCUCAAGUUUUUAUAUGAGAACCCCCAUGUACUGGCAUCACUUAUAUGUGUGGCUGAAAAUCUUGGUGGUCUCAAUGUUCCUAGAAUGAUUAGCCUGACAGUGACCUCCAUCUACGGGAACUGUAUCUUCCAGGAAGAUGAACAGGCAGUACUUCGUCUUCUGAAAACACUGCUGGACACUCAGGUGGCCAGUGAUGAGAAUCCCAGGAGGCUUAUCCGCCGCCAGAACAUGUCAUUUUCUCUAGUGUACAAACACCUUUGCGAGAGUUUAUUCUCAGCCAGGCUUUUUCUAACGGCCGCCCUCUAUGACCCCAUCAUGAGACUCCUGAUGGAGGACGAGUGGUUCUUUGACAUAGACCCAGACAAGGCUGUGGUCAGAUUUCCCGCCAAUGAGAAACGGCGGAGGUUUGGGGAGCCCGGCACCGAAGAAAACACCCAGAAGCAAGCUCAGUACCGCUCUUACAUUGUUGACAAACUGGUCUUUUUGGCUGUGAGGUUUAUUAAUAGCAUCAAAGCAAAUAUUCACUGUUUCCCACCCAGUUUAGGAUGGUUGGUGUCACAGGUUGGUAUCUCCAUGUUUUCUGGUGCACACACAUUUCAGUCAUGCUGAUUUUAUAGUUGGUUACUUAUUAUUUCACAGUUUUGACUUAUACAUUUUUUUAGUAAAGAUGGGGGAUACUUGGUUACACUGUUCAUUUAUUUGGUAGGUAUCAAUCAAGAUAGUCAUUCUAUGUCAACAAAUUCAUUAUUAUAUUGAAGAUCGCCUUUGUCACAAUUUACCCAUUGCAGUUAAGAGAUAACAAUUACUCUGCCCUACAGGUAUAUCGUGUUCUUACUGAGAGAGGUAAGGUCACCAUGCAGGAGGUGAGGGCCAGCUGUGCUGACCUGGUGUUUGCACUGUUCAUUUGUCCAGCUAUCUGUGAUCCAGAACCACAUGGUAUCACAUCCGAUGUCCCUAUAAGCCACAUCGCCCGUCAUAACUUGAUGCAGGUAAAAGCAUUAAAUUGGUUAAAUUCCAUGCUUUUUAAAAUAUAUACCAAUCAAAGCAGUGUUUCUGAAACCUUUAACCUUGCCAUACAUAUUUCUUAAACCCUAUAUCGGGCUCACUCAACACCAAAAGAGUUUCUUUUAACAAAAGGAAUUGAAAAAACAACAAAAUUUUUAAGUAUCGAUGUGCAAUGUGAAAGGACCAUUGCCCAAAUCUGGUGCAGUAAUUUAAUUAAUGAAAUUGCAAAUAGGUAAAAAAUUAAUGCAGAUGACUGAGUAUAUCAGACUACUGCAUUUAUGAAUACUUUGUUACUUAAGAAGUACAUUUUCUUUUUGUUUGCAAAAAAACAUUUGUUCAAAUGAAAAAAAGAUUCAGGCCUGUAGAUGGAUAGCUUGGAAUGAAAUUAUUUUGCUUUAAGAGUGGGUUGUAAGUUAAUACUCAUGUAUGUUUGUAAGUUAAAUGAAGUGCCAAGUGUAGCACAUCUUUUAAAUUUAAUUUCAUUUUAACAUCUCUCUUCAGAUGGCACAAAUCAUUCAAGUACUUGCCAUAUCUCAGUGGGAAGAAAUAGAUCCAAAAGUACGAGAUCUCUAUGGGAGAUUUGAAAAGGUUGGUGUUGAUGCACAAUUGUUAGAACCUUUAUGUCGUCACUCUGGUCACAGGCUUUUGAAAUGUCUGGCUGCUUUCAUUCUCUGUCAGAAAGUCUUUAGAACCAUUUUUUUUCCCCCUUUAAUCAGUAUGGGUCUAAAUCCAUUUAAAGUCAGGAGUGUUCUGUGUAGUAUCUAAAAAUAUUAAAAUUUAAGCUAAAAAAAAAAGCAAUUGGGUUUGUGUAUCAUAGACCUCAAGGGAAUAUCUUAUGAUAUUGCUUAUUGUUGCAAGCUUUCACAUGUGUUUUACUGUGUUAAAUUAAGAUAGGCAUCGGGGGGGGGGGGAUUUAUUACCAAUUGAUAUCGUAAAAAUGGACAGAAAUUGUAUGUUAGGAAAAUGAUAAUUGGUGUUAUUGAACAAUUAUUAUUCAGGCAAUUUUUUUAAUAUUUUUUUUUUAUUAAAUAAUUUGUAUAGAUGUUUCUCCUCUGGAAAAAAAAACCAAUAGUGCUUUUGGUUAGAUUAAUGAGUCACCAACAACUUGUGUCAAUAUAACACUAUUGGUUAAGCUGCCCUUACGUACAAGAUUUAUGUAUUUACAAAAGCUCCCCUCGGGAUGUUUAGUUCAGCUCUGCUGUUGUGACAAUUUUUUUUUUUACAGAGGUCAAUGUUUUUUAUCUAUUGAUAUUUUAUUUGGACUCUGUACACUUGUCCCAGGGUUGCAUGUCUUCUGUCCUGGACUUAUUUCUGGAGGGCCCAUGGGAAGAUAUCACAGAGCAAGUGACAGCGGUCAGUCAGGCCCAGGGUACCGGUGCCAAGAGGUCAGCUGUUCUCCUGAUGUCUGGGGAUGUCAGACAGAUGGUCAGUAUCUUAUGAAGCUUGUUUUUCUUUGUCACCAGACUGGUAUCACUAAAAGAACUUUUUAUAUAUCUCAUUCUGAACAUGGUUCCUUUUGUGAACGUGUAUUUACAAAACUUUGUUAAAGUUCUGCUGUAUUUGCUUCCACAAUUUUGUAACACUGCUUUCCCUCCCUGUAUGAUAUUGCUUCUUUGUGCUAUUUAUCUUCGGCAAAAUGCUUAGGCUUUUCAACUCAAUGUUUUCCUCUUUUUUUUUUAAACCUUAACAAUUAAGCAACACACAUGCAGUGAUGAAAGUUUUUACCUAAUGCUGCUUGUCAUUAGAUCGGCUUCCUGAAAAAUACAACUGGUCACCUUGAUGACAAAACUCCUGACAAGAAACAUCUGGAGCAGCUGUUGUCAAUACUGCCAGCAGAUAUGCCCCCUUCCGCACAGGAUAAUUUGUCACUUCCAGGGGGGUCAGGGGUCAUCACACCAUCACCUGGUCCUCUGUCAGCAGGCAUUAUUUCGGGAGACUCUCCAGGCACACCUACGUCUGAAAGGAAGCUGUUUAAAUCCAAAGGUGGGUACUGAUGGGUGGCCAGCAUUUGAAUUUCAUGAUGUCCUAUCUAGUUAUUAAUUGGCUGUUCGUACUAGUGUACGGUAACAAUUUAGGCUGUACACCUGCUUACAGACCGGCCAUUGUGUACUUUAUAAGGAUUAUACUAAUACUAAAAGUAAUAAUUAAACUGAAUAAUAGAACCACAAAAUAUGUACAUUUCUCAAUUUAACACAUCAGAUGAUAAAUGAAGCAUCACAUACAUACAUUUGUAAGUUCAAAGUAUCAAAGGUUAAAAUGAAGAAACCCAUAUAGGCCUCUGAAAGUUUCUCUCCACAGUUUGGAGCCCAGGAUUUUCAUCUACUGUCUUUUGUGUUCUUAAAAUGUUUUUCUUGCUUUUUCAAAGCUUUGUGUGUAUUUAUUUUUUUCAUUCAUACAGGACAGAAGAAGAAAAAGUCUGUGACUACUGCCCCUGUGUUGGAUGACUUACUGCCUGAAGGCAGCGAGAGUGACAGCAAACAAAAGACCUCUGGAGAUGUCUUGGUCAUCUCAAUCUAUCCUCCGGGAGACUGCCCUGGCAUGCUGUUGGAGAAAAAGGUGAUUGUUGGACAUACUGACUCAAUAAAAAUCUAUCAUGAAUUAAGUAAAGCAUUAGGAAUUUAAGGCCACCUAGUCCCAUUGUCCACUUCUUUCAUGACACAAAAGUGCAUGAAUGUUAUGUCAACUUAACAUCUAGAUAUUUAAACAGGCUCUAAUCUGUCUCAUUAUCACAGAUCUACUUUUACAUCUAUGUCAAGUGAUCUACUUUGAUGCCAUUGUCCAGUGAUCUUCUUAGUUGUCAUUGUCAUGUGAUCUACACUGAGCGGGCUCACUUCUUGAAUCUUUCAUGAUUCUGAUCUUUUAUAUGAAAUAAUUUUGAUAGGAAUUUUGUUGGCCUUUGAAGGCUGGAGGGUGAUCUAAAUAUAAUUAUCCAUGCUAAAUGACCUCCAGGUUUUAUCAUCUGUUUCUGAAGUAGAGGCCAAGAAGAGCUGCCCGCUGCCACCACCCUCGUCAGACUCCACCACCACCGCACCCCCGCAGGCUGCCCCCAACCCAGAGAUCCAGGAGAAAAGGACUCGUUUUUCACUCUCCCAUGACCAGGAAUCUAUUGGUAUGUCAACAAUAAAAAUUAUUUGUGUCAACUAAUGUGAUGGAACCUUAACCUUAAGAUGUUAAUUAAGCUUAAACUGCAAAAGCUGCUUCACAAUACUAUGCUGUGUCAAGUGUUUAAAAAAACACUAUCUAAAGGUAAUGAAAUACAACAAAUUUUAAACUAAGAUAUAAACAUCUCUGAGAAAUGGUGAGUUCUUUAAAGUCAAUAAUUUGUAUACUCAUAAACACAUUAUGAAUUUGAAGUUAAAUAAAAAAUAAAAUAAUUUAAAACAAAACUUUUCUAUUCUGGUGAUGUCUAGGCAAUGCAAGUGAUUAUCAAGAAGUUAUUUCAGAGGCGGCCUCAAGCCAUUCUGUUGAAGAUGAAAAUGAGCUAGAAACAGACAAUUUCUCCGAUAUGAUGUCGGCCAAUGUGAGCGGGCGGGGCUCCCCCUCGAUCAGCGGUAGGGACACGCCUCUGUCGCAGGCUGGUAGUGUUGAGGAGAACCCAGCAGGUACCUGUAGAUAUUGAUCCUGUUCUGUCUGACUUGGCCCAUGCUGAACAUUGAUUGUUGCUAAUGAAGUGAUGGGUGGAGAUAUGGGUUUUUAAUAUAUUUAGAGUUUUGUUCUGUGGUGACAGCAGGAGAACUGUGUCUUUUUGGAUGUCCCCAAGAAAUGGAUGUCUUAUAGUAAGCUUUCUUCCAGGUCAUUACUUUAAACCCCUGAGAUUGCUACCUUUUUGGACUUUAUCAUAUUAAACCGAUGUCUAGAAAUAAAGGAUGCAUUUUGUAUUGUAUUUGCUGAUUUUAUUUUAAUUUUGUAGCUUUUUUUUUUUGUUUUUUUUUUGUUCAAAUCUUAAUUUAAUAAGAUAAGGAUAAGUCAGAGUUGCAUUUAAGUGGCUUUCUCAUGUUUAUCAUCUGAUUCUUUGCUUGUCUUUAGACAGAGGCUUUCUGCAGAUGAUUUCAUGACUUUGAUGAUACAUUUUCAUCUUUAUAUCAUUUAAAUCGCAUUCCACCUUUUUUUCUUCUUUUUUUUCUCUGUUCCAAAAUUUCAAGUCUCUAAGAAAUGAACAAAAAUUAAUAACAACUUUUGCAGUGAAUAUUGAAAUAUUUUUUUUUUAUGCUUGAUCCUAGCAUACAUAGCCAAAAUGUUUUUUCUCUUUUCAAUUUGAAUAGUUCGUGGCAUUUUUAUAGACUUGUUUUUGCCUGUCAUUGGUUAUGUUUCUUUUCUUUAUUUGAAAUUUGUGAAUCAUUAAAAUCUUCCGUUCUUUUUUCUUUUCCGUACUGAUUAUUCAAUGAUCAUGUUAAAUCUGUUGUCUUGAAGCCCCACAACUCCCUGUGCCGGUACCAGAGACUGUCAGAAAGGAAAACAGAGUGGAUGUUACUGACAGAUUCGGCAAGUUUGAAAUCAAGGCUGAGCUUGCCAUGGAGAGUGAGUUUCAAAAUACAGCAUGCGCUAAAACUAGCAGCACCGUAACUCCUCAGCGCGUACUCGCGUUUGUCAACUGGGCGCAGGUCCAGCUGCCACGUGACCAUGGAAGUGAAAACGAUUAAAUUUUUGACAGUUGUUGUUGGAAAUGGGUCUUACCAGGGUGUGUGGAAAAAAGUAUUAAUAGCUGAGGAAUAGUUUUGUUCAUACUUAAGUGAAGUUGAAUGGAGACUGUGUUUGAAAAAAAUGUGGAAGAACAGUUCCAAAUAAUCCUCUACGUACAAGCAAAAAUUGUGCUCUCUAAAAUUUUGUUCCUCCAUUGUGAUACCCCAUUUCCAAAAACAACUGCCUAACACAACAUCCUUGACACAACCCAGGAAACACUUGGCAGAUGGAACACCGUCAGCAAAGGCACGUGCGCGUUCAAAAUGUGGAGUUUCAGUACUGUUACUUUUGGUGCAUACUGCGUUUGCAUGUUGUGACUAUGUCAUCUUAACUUUCUAUGAGGUUUGUUUCACCUCAACUUAUUUGAUCCUUGAAACUGUGCUUGUGUGAGUAACAGGAAAGCAGCUCAUGUUGUGAUCAUCCAUAUGUCAUUACCUUGAUGAGAGUUCUCUCUAAGCUCCAAUUUAACACCCUAUUGUAUGCAUGUUGUAGAGAGGUCAUAACGGAAAUAAACAUACAUUUUUGAAGCUUCAAAAAUCCUAAUUAUUUCCUAGGAAUUCAGUUGUAAAAAAAAAUAAUUAAAAUAUAUGUCCAAAUUAAGAGUUUAAACAAAACAUGGAAUUGUUGUUUUUUUUAGGGUUAACUGUUACUUCUCUGUCUCUUUGAUAGGAGAUGAAUGUAAGUCCACUGUCAGCGAUACUUGGAGUACUGACGUCUUGGCCAGUGAUUCUGAGCCACCUGAACAGAACCAAGUGGACAGGCUGGAAGAAGUGGCUGAAGAAAUCUCUAGGCCUCUGCUGUUAGGCUCUGAGGUAAAGUUGUUCAAUAUGCAUAGAUGAAAGGUUGGACUGAUUGGCAGUUGUGUGAGAAAGCUUGGACUUAUUGGCUCUGAGGUAACAUUGUUUUAUUUGUGUGUAUGAUGUGCUGGACUGAUAGCCUCUGAGGUAACAUUGACUGAUUGGCUCUGAGGUAACAUUGUUUUAUUUGUGUGUAUGAUGUGCUGGACUGAUAGCCUCUGAGGUAACAUUGACUGAUUGGCUCUGAGGUAACAUUGUUCUAUUUGUGUGGCUAAUUUGCUCGGAGUUAACAUUGUUAAGUUUGUGUGUAUGAUGUGCUGGACUGAUAGCCUCUGAGGUAACAUUGGUGAAUUCUAGUCGAAGAAAUUUUGUGAAUCAAUAUGGCAUUUUGUCAUGUGAUCUUUUUAUUUAAUAAUUGUUAUCAAGUUUCCCAUGUGAUUUUGGUAUUUAAUAAUUGUUAUGAAUUUGCCAUGCGAUCAAUUAUUAAAUGUCUUAUCUCUCAUCAGCCCAUCUCAGAAAUAUCAGAAACGGCGAGUGAUGCCUGGAGUACAGAUGUUCUUGCAAGCGACACAGAUGAAAAACACUCAGAACUUUUGAAAGAUCUUGAACAGGUAUGUCUUACAUGUCAAUAUCUGCCAUGUAUUUUUUGCAUUGUUAUACCUCUUGUCAGGCCUACACCCUGGUCUUAAUCAUGAUCAGUCUUUAUUUUGAUGCUGCGCCAUUGACAUUACAAUAUCAAUACCUCUAUUGUAUUUAAUAAGCCGCACCAAGGCCCCACUGACAACUUUUAAGAAAUUAACAAAUCAUUUUAUAACACUGCUGACAGCACACAGGUUCUCCUCCUGUCUAACAUUAACUUUUACCAACAAAAAAAAAUCAAUGGUCAUUUAAACAAAAUUGCACACACUUAAUUCUAAUUCCUGGCACUUACACUGACCUGUUGAAGAGGUAUUGCUCAAUCCUUGCAUGACUCUUUAGAUCAUGUUUACUGGCCACUAUUGCAAGGGAUCAGAUAUCUAUUAUUAUUAUUAUUCAUUGGUGGUUGCACUUUUUUUUGGACAUUCAACCCUUUAAGUGGUGGUACAAUUUUUAAAUUAUUUUUAAUACACGUGUGUAUGGGAAAUUAAGCUAACAGACUGUUGCCUCCCUCCCCCAGGAUCUGAUCAGUGGUGAUCACAAUGAAGUGGACGGCUCAAUCGGCAAUGAUGAAGGUGACUGAAGACUACUAAGAUUGUUUUCCAUAUACUUGACUUCUGUAGGCUAAAAUUCUUUUAAACAGAAACAUUGAGAAAACAUGCUAAUUGUUUUUUGCACCCUAUUUUAAAAAAAGUAAAAAUUGACAAAACUGUUUAAAGUCUUCGAAAUGUAAAUUUUGAAUUAUAAAAAUUAUUUGUUUAAUAUUUAAAUCAAUUCUUUGAAAUGCAGUUUUUAAACUGUAAGAAUGUUUAUUUGAUAUAUAUCUGAUUUUUAUUUUUUGCUCUGUAAAAAAUGUGAAAAAGUUAAUACACAAUUUUUUACCAGAGUCAUGCAAUCAUUUAAAGGAACAUUAAAAAAAAAAAAAAGUAUUAAAUUUCAGGAGCUACUUUCCGAGUCAUGUUUUCAACUUCAUGAUGUGUCCAUUUUUUACCACAGUUGAUGACCAGUUAGAUAUGGACCAACUUGGAGCCGCUGGUGGGGGCAGGAGCAACCUUACACCUCAGCACUCGUCUGACAGCGGUGACAUCUUCUCCUAUGCCUUCUUGGAAGGAGCAGCAAAAUGCAGUGAGGAAAAUGAAAAAUCAGGCAACGGGAAAAAAAUAUCCUCCAUUGUUCACCACUUUCAGUCAGGCCCCAAUCUUCAGCUGCCCACCAUUCAUCGCCUCCCUUCUCAAUCUUUGAAGCAUGCCGAGGGCAGGGUGACGUCUGUGUUGAGCACAUUCGAAAGUGCCUCUCAUAAUGCAUCCCAGGCCACAUCGAGUGCAGCAUUUCAAUCUUCUGGGGCUAGAAGUAAAACCGGCAAGGAGCGAAGAGGCAGCCAUGGUGCAGGGGACGAUGGCUUCAAUGAAUUCGACCCACUGGCUUCAGGGGGAAGUGGUGCUGGUGGACAUAGAAAAAGUAAAGACAGAUGGCCCUGGAACAAAAGCAGCCGCAACAGCUCUGAGCAGCUGGCCUCAAGUCUGCCAGCAGCUGUUGACUCGCAGGCUUACCAGAAUGAUUUGCCGGCACCCACGCCUCCCACGUCAGAUCGAUGUGGUCGGACAUCAUCUCGGGAUUCAGGGAUUGACAUAUGGGUCAACACGAAUGGUCAGAUGUCGGGGAGCUCAUCUCGGUCAGCGGCGGCAGCAUUAAUGAAUGCCAGGUCCUCCCUGGACUCCAGUACUAAACAUCCGCAUGCCCCUCCCCUGCCCGGCCGGUCAUCACUUGACUCAAAUCUCCAGCGAUUGAACUCAAUAGGGGGAAUACCUGGCAUGGCUUCAACCCCUGAUUCUGGGCUUCAUUCUACUUACAUAUCUCCCAAUUCAUCCUUAGACAACAGCACGCCACCUUUAGAGAUGGACAACCCAUUGUUCCAUAUGAAUAAUUCUUCUUUGAAUAAAAAUAAACAAAGUGUGAACACUGACCUUAUGUUCACAGGUGAACCACAAACCACCAGCACGGUCACAUCUAUGAACAACGAAGAUUCACUUUCAUUAACGGAUUCAGUUAGUGGUAACGAGAGUGGUGUCCGGGACUCAGAAGGAGGGAAAUAUAAGAAUCGUAAGUCGCGGAGGAGCACCCCACAAAUUGAGGUGACGGACAUCUUCAAGACAAUAUCCAUCAUAGAGAAUGAGGGUGACGGAGAGGACCAGGAGGAUGCGGAGGUUGCGAACAUCGGGGAGCAGCAAAUUUCCAAUCUGAAUGAGCGGAGAAUGUCGUCAGCAUUAAUAGAGCCUUUUGACCCAUUUUCAUCCACAUCGGAUGACCUGGUGACGCCCAGCCUGAAGGACUCUACCAUUAGGUUUAAGGACCCCGUCAGUAGAACUCGAGAAGGUUCAGUAUCGAAGGGUGCGGGACUUGCGGCCAAACCUGGUGGGCUACCAUCGGCAGGUGAUGACAGGAAAAGGCUAGAACCUGAGGCGUCUGGUCGGCCCCGAAAAGACAGCACGGGGAGCACUGUGUCAGGAUCCUCUUUGAAGUUUGCAUGUGAUGUCCCUGGAAAAGAACCAGCCCCUGACAGUGUGUCCAUAGUGUCAGAAGAUAAGGUGAGUUUAUUCUUUGAGAAAUGUUUUUUCCUGGUUUCUCUGUUAGGGCAUUUUAACCCUUUCGUUACCCACAACGUCGAAGCGACGUCAUAAUGACCCACUUUCAAUUACAAAGGACGUCACACUGCCGUCAUAACAAAGAGGCAAAGAUCUUUUCUGAAAUACCAAGGACGUAGCGUGGACGUCAUAUUUCAAUGCUAUAUAUUUAUUUAUUAAUUAAUGUAUAGAGAAGUUCAUACGCGGAAUACUGGAAAUAACUUCAUAAGUUUUUUAUUGCCGUUUCAGCGAAAACAAUGCCUAAACCAGUGGUAAUGAAAGGGUUAAGAGCAGACAGGAAUGAGGUUUCUGUUGCUAAUUUUAAUCUUUUUCAAGGAACUGGUCCCAUCUGUCAUCAAUCAUUUUAAAUUUACAAAUUAAGAUUUGGUAACAUUUGAUCCGGCAUAAAUUCAGCCUGUUGUGCUCUUGAUAACAUUUUUGAAUGAGUCAUCCAAAAGAAUGAAUGUAACAGUCAGUUUUGCCAGAUUAAUGCCCGCCCCCCCCCCCCCCCCCCCCGCCCCCCCACCCACCCCCCCCCGGCAAGCCAUAUCUGGUCUGUGUGUCAUAGUUUUAGGACCCCAGUGGGAAACUUUUCAGUAAAUAGAUUCAUAAGGACUUGGUGUAUGAACUCUUGUAACAUGCAUUUAGAUUGCAUAGGCAGACAUGAACAAACACACCUGACAUUGCGUAUAUCAAUAAGAAAGUGAAAAAAACAUUAAAACAUACACUUUUUGCCACAAAAUGACAGCAAGCGAAGCCUUUGUACAGUCAGUAAGAAAGCAUUAAAAUAUGACCUACAUUUAUUGUCCAGAGAUUGGAGCUAUAAUAGUUUUAUUUGCCUAGCAUUGCAAUAUCACAUAGUGCAUUUAAGGAAGGCAUACCUUGAUACAAAAACACAUUAUUGUGUUCCAAAAGUCGACAAAAUGGAUUUCAUAAGAUUUUUGGGAAAAUUUAAAUUUGGAAUUGAGUCAUGGGCUCUGUAUUUAGAUGUGAAUUUAGUUUUUAGUUAGAGCUCUGUAGAUAGUUGUGAAGUUAGUAUUUAACUAGAGCUCUGUAGAUAGUUGUGAAUUUAGUAUUUAGUUAGAGCUCUGUAGGUAAUGGGAAUGAGCAACCAAUAAAGACAAUAUAUAUAGAUAAUUAUGAUUAAGUGUUAAGAAUAGCUACUCUGCUGUACUGAAGAGUCUAUGCCACCCAAUUUUUUGGCUUUACUUUGAGAAGGGCUCUGUAGACAGGUGUUAAAAUUAAUUUACUUUGCAGAUGUGAAACAUUAGUCACCAGUUCAAGAAACAUGGUUGCACUUUUUUUGCUUGAGACCAUUAAAUUAAUUAUAGAAAUGUCCAGCUAAAAUAAAUAUGAUUUCUUCUGAUAUUUUUAAACAUUUUUCAUUUCUUCACAAUGCUUUUUAACCCUGUAGUGAAAUUUAUUUUACAUUAGAACAUAAUAGACACAUUUUUAGUCAGUUUUUUGAUGUCACCAUUACUGCACAAGACUGUUGUUGUUUUUUUUGCAUUGGACUGUUUUAUGCACAGCAAAGCCAAUGUUUUCUGCAUGGAUUGAAUACAAAACUAUUUACUUAGUGUUAUAGAGCCUCUAUUGCUUAAUUAGGGUCACUCAAGCUUGCUUUCAUCAUCAAUUAUGAUGUCUUUUAGAUGGCUAAUAGCUAAAAACAGGCCUGCACUGCUCAAACUGUAAGGCAGACCGUAAUAUUUCAUGAAAAACGUGUGCGGGCUGAAAGAAAAUAGGACAGGGGGAAAGCUAUUUAGAAAAUAAUAAUAAAGAAUAUUUCGUUACUUUGCGGGCCACAAAGUGGGAGCUGGCGGGCCGUAUGCUGUGCAGGCCUGGCUAAGAAUAUCAUGCGUCUGCAAAGCUGUUAAAUUGGGGUGUCAGCCACUCCCCCAGUGACUCUUGAAGUAUUAUUUUAUAAGUGUUGGUGGGUGCCUAUUUUUCUCGUUACUCACUAUUGCUUUUUUUUAAAGUCGUUACUAUAAUUUUUUUUAACGAGAUAUUCAAUACAUUAUUGCAAAAACUUUGAUCUGCCAGUUGUGUAGAAUCCUGUUGAUACAGGGCUUUCUGGUAAUGAUCAUUUAACUGAUUCUCACGCCUUGCACAUACGUAAAAUACGCAUAUUUUAAGCUUACAUUUUGAAAGCAUCCAGCUGAAUCGAUCAGCUUUUUUUAUUGCGGUAGGAGAUAGUUUUCUAAAUAUUCUACUGGAUAUGUGAUGGAACAUUUUACAAAAUGUGGCAAGAUUUUUGGCUUGUUGGCUUGUGCUGUGCAUCAUUUCUACUGCAACUUAUCAUGUCAUAAGACAAAAACCGUAUUCUUAUUGUACAUCACAAGUUGACACAACUGUUCAAACGAGCAUUAAUGUUUGCAUGUAAUUCUGCACCUCAUGGGCAGCAAUUACUUUGCUAUUCUUUAUCCAUUCUCUGCACCUCAUGGGCAGCAAUUACUUUGCUAUUCUUUAUCCAUUCUCUGCACCUCAUGGGCAGCAAUUACUUUGCUAUUCUUUAUCCAUUCUCUGCACCUCAUGGGCAGCAAUUACUUUGCUAUUCUUUAUCCAUUCUCUGCACCUCAGCUCGGCCUUAGUAAGGAAGAUGAAAAGAAUAAAAACAAUUACCCUAAGUCUGUUUUAUUAUUUGAUGGUUUUUACACUCCUGCAAUUUGUUCUGCACUGCCUGCUGACACACGUUUGGUUCACACUGAUAAGAAGGGUGAAUUCUCUAACACAAUCUCAAUGUAGUUUGUCUGUGAAGUCAGGCAGGAAGCGGGACUCAUUGCCCUGUGCAGACGAACCUCUCUUCCAAGCAGGGCAAGCCAAGAGUUGUCUAAAAUGGUUUUGUCCAGGCGUCUAUCACAAUUAGUAAGUAAGCAUGCUCCUCGCACACCUCAUGUGUUUACCGAAGCUUUGCUCAUGGUUCUCCCAUUUCAGAAGUUUUUGUCAAACUUGACCCUUGGCCUCAUCCGUGGCGUCAUGUUCCCCUUGUCUAUUGACACUUUGGACAGAGCUAAAUUAUACUUCAAGUUCCGUCUCCUUAAUUAGCAUGAUCAGCGUACCGUUGGGCCAUCGGUGGGGAAAAUGUUGGAUGGCCUUCAGUUGGGAAAUGUUGGAUGGCCACCCAUGUUGAGCUUGACCCCAUUACACUUUGUCUUUCAAGGAAAUCUUACAUUCAGGUGUUUUUUCUUCUUCUUCCGAUGACUUGAAGAACUGUGUGAAGGCAUGUUCUUUUUAAAAUCAUCCUGGGAAGCACAUUUUCACAACUUUCUCAACAUCUAACUUAAUAGAAACACAUUUUCUGGCAUUAUCUCUCAGUCUCCAUUCUGAUUUUCAUAAUUGUUAGGUCCAAGAAGUUUGUCAAGAACUCUUCAUUUGAUUUCACGGUCUUGUGUGCCAACGAUUGCCUUACUUUUGUAAGCUACAAUAGACCUUGUUUUUCCCAACCUUUUCUAUACUCUGCACCAACUACUAAUCAUUUCACUAGUCUUGCACCCUCUAUUAAUUGCUUUACUAAGUCUUGCAACCCCUGCAAAAGGGUCAGUCCAUUUUAAAAGUGAACGUGUAUAGAAUGUCUUCUUUUUUUUUUUUUUUUUUUUUAAUCGCAAAUAGAACUGUAAAACUUAAAAAAAUAAACUUGUUACUUGAAAAAGAUUAAUGAAGAAAUUUUUUAAUUAUACCAACAUUUAUAUCAUAGCUAGAAAGAGCACCCUCUAUUAAUUGCUUUACUAAGUCUUGCAACCCCUGCAAAAGGGUCAGUCCAUUUUAAAAGUGAACGUGUAUAGAAUGUCUUCUUUUUUUUUUUUUUGAAUCGCAAAUAGAACUGUAGAACUUAAAAAAAUAAACUUGUGACUUGAAAAAGAUUAAUGAAGAAAUGUUUUAAGUAUACCAACAUUUAUAUCAUAGCUAGAAAGCUAAUGUCUCUUCUGUUCUUAAAUCCCGUUUUUUUUCUCAACCCCUCCCCACACCCAACCCCCAACUUCUCAAAUGUCAUAGCCCUUGUUGGGACACCCUGCCCUACUGGAUAAUCCCUUAUUCUGGAUUGAGUUGCUUAAUUGAAUCUCACUUUCUAAUCACUGCAGUGAUCACCCCAGAUGGUUUGCAGCUUACAUGGCUUAGAUCCACAUGCAGUUGUAUCUUUUCUGGAUGCUCUGCCAUAUCUUGAAAAUCUUUUUAGUGGGGCUGGUCUUCUGCAUUCAGUUUGCCUUAAACGGGGGGGGGGGGGAUUUGAGAAUGGAUCAGCGGUGGCUCUCCAGGACAAAAAAACAACUACAUAGAAAUAAAGGGGAAUAUUACAUUCUUCUAAGUAUUUUAGUGGGGCUGGUCUUCUGCAUUCAGUUUGCCUUAAACGGGGGGGGGGGGGAUUUGAGAAUGGAUCAGCGGUGGCUCUCCAGGACAAAAAAACAACUACAUAGGAAUAAAGGGGAAUAUUACAUUCUUCUAAGUUUUUGCUGAAUCCACUUUUGGACUCGCUAUUGGAUGUUGUUUCUAUGUUAAUCACCAAAGAUCUCAACCUAUUUCAUUAAUUAAUGUCUUUGAGCUUUUUAUUUGAAUUGACAUUCUCCAGCCAUUUUCGUUUGGGAGCCAUGUUUACUACAAGAUGGCUACAUGUGCACAACAAAUGCAAAAGGAUUGUGCAUUUUUUUUUUAGGAAUACCUUUCCAGAGCCUUUGAAUUUCCCUAGUUGCUUACAAGGGAGAGAAGAGUUGUAGUUUCUGCUACUCAAAAACACACCAUAACGUGUUUGGUCUCAUUGGAAUUCAAUGUCUGAUACAGUUGCUUACUUUUUUGGUCUCAUUGGAAUUCAAUGUCUGGUACUGUUGCUUACUUGUUUGGUCUCAUUGGAAUUCAAUGUCUGGUAGCUUGUGUCGUGCUAAAUCAUAUUUAUUAAUGAUUUGAAGGACCAAAACAUAGAUUUUUUUUUCUUUUCUUAUUAAGAAUGGAAAACAUUGGCUUUCACAUCAGUGAUUCAUGUUUAAGGGAUCGCCAUGAGGUAGGUAAGACAUUGGAAUCGUUGAGGACAUCUUCACCGACUCAACGUCUUCACUGGAAGUGGCCAACACUUAAACCACCAAUGUGUCUUUGUUAGUUGUUUUGUUUCUAUCUUGAGUGAGAAGUUGUGAUUAAAAUGUGUCUGGCAGUUGCAUCUGCCUGACAAGAACCUUGUUUAAACUUGUUUGCCUUGUUCUCUCCACUCUGCAGGAUUUUACUGACGGAGAAAGACAGAAGAAGUCUGGAGGUGGGGGGUUUCUCCGCAACAUGAAGGACAAAAUCCACAGAGGUGCGUUUGUAGGGAACAGCCCAAACCAAACUGUGCUAAUGUUCAGACUCUGCUAACAGCUGUCCAUAUAUUCUGAAAGAGAAUAAUUUGUCUAGUUAUGUGUUAGAAAUUGUGUUUAAUGUAUUGAGGCUUUUGUUUUAUUUAAUAAUUAAAAACAAGAUGGCAAGGUUUGAUUUUUUUUUUUUAAAUACAGAGGAAAUUGGCAAUGGUAUCAAUGUAAGAACAAGAAACACUGGUAAUGGUGUAUUGUUUCAAAUAACAAAUAAAUAGGUUUCAAUGGUUACAUGAAUAGUGUUGAACUGUUGGUCCUUUUGUUGGUUAAAGAUAUUAAUGAUAAGUUGUAUGAAGGAAGUUAUAGUUAUUCACUUCUCUUUAAUGUUGGUGGAAAGGGUAAAUAUUUAUGAAGUAGAUGUUUGGAAUGGGUAGGGGUGGCAGGCUGGGUAUGGGGGGGUGAGUAUGCAUGUGGAGUUGUUAGAGGUGAAAGUUUGGUGAGUUGGGGGAAGGAGUUUGCUUGUGGAGUGGGUAGGGGUGGCAAGUUGGGGAGGGAGUAUGUAUGUGGAGUGGGUAGGGGUGACAAGUUGGGGAUUUGGGGGAGUGAGUAGGUACCUGGAUUGAGUAAGGGUGGCAGGUUGGGGGGGGGGGAAGUGGGGAAAAGUCUCCACAGAUCCUGUAUGAAUAUAUUGAUAGAAUGUCCUGUAAUAAUUCUUUCAUUUAGAGCACUAGAUAUAUAACUGAAUGUUACUUUUCAUAUCAUUGACAGGAAUCAAGAGGAAAAAUACAAAGUUUGAUAAAGAUCUAGGUAAGGAUCUUGUUUUCACUGGUCUGCCAGCUGGCAAAUUUGUCCUAAGCUCAUAAAUGUAUAAUUACAUCAUCAGAUAUCUCUUUAUAUAGUUUUAUCUGGCAUAUUAUUAGUUAAAUGUAAUAAUCUAGUUGAUAAGUCCCAACCAGUGCUGCUUGAAUGCCUUCAAGUUGAAUGUGUUGAUAAGUCCCAACCAGUGCUACAAGAGUUCCUUUUAGUUGAAUGUGUUGAUAAGUCCCAACCAGUGCUACUUGAAUGUCUUUAAGUUGAAUGUGUUGAUAAGUCCCAACCAGUGCUACUUGAAUGUCUUUAAGUUGAAUGUGUUGAUAAGUCCCAACCAGUGCUACAAGAGUGCCCGAGGUUGAACGUGUUGAUAAGUCCCAACCAGUGCUACAAGAGUGCCCGAGGUUGAACGUGUUGAUAAGUCCCAGCCAGUGCUACAAGAGAGCCUUUUAGUUGUAUAUUACUCUCUCGAACACACAAGAUAGUUUGUCCUCACUAGCCAAUGCACUUAAGAUAUGCACUUUUGAUGUGCUAAGCCCUUCAACACAAAACUUUUGAGGACCUCUGAGCUAGUUAAUCCCAAAUUAACAAUACCAAUAGAAAUAAAUGUACUGUGUCAAAUUGAAAAAAAAAAAGAUAAAUGCUGAAUCUGACAGGUGUUAAAUAAUUUUAUUACGUGCGCAUAAACAAUAAAUUAGCUGCUACACAUUUAACGACACUUACUGCUAUCAGUAGAGUUGUUAAAGAAGCACAUGUUUUUGAACCUUAUUUUGAACAGACGCAGCAGAAGCUGAUGGCUCACCCAAGCAGGCGCCUCAAGGUGCAAGCAGCAAAGACUCAUCUUCUUUACCACACCAGGGUAAGCUAUUUGCCAGACAAGGAGCUAUUUGUUGUAUAUUCCUGUGUGAGAGAUGGAUCCCUUUUCAAUUGUGAUAGUGGUCAGAAAAUGACGUUAUUUAUUUAAAAAAAAAUUAAUUAUACCCCAACAGCAGCCUGUGAAAUACAUACUAGUAUUGAGCCACUAAAUCCCAGAAGUGAGCCAGCAGUUAUCGGUAUUGAGAUGGUUGAAAGGUAAAGAAGGCUGUGCAAAUAGACAAAUGGUUGACAAAUGGAGACCAACCCAUAGAAUAAAACAAAUCAAUACUCAUGGCCUCUGAAAUUGAAGAGAAGCAACACCCUACCAGACAGAGAAGACUUGCAAAUACGACCUUAAGACCUAUAUCCAAACCAACAUUUACAAAUGGCAUAUAUCAAAACAGAUCAAAUCGAAAAGAAAGAAAAUUACAGGCUGCCUACACACAAUGAUAGCUGCAGAAAAAUCCAUCGCAUUACAUGUAAGGCUAUGGUGUAUGAAUAGAGUACCCAGACCAAUCAUGUGACUAACCUGCAACCCUUGUGGGACAAUGCCUUACAUGUAAGGCUAUGGUGUAUGAAUAGAGUACCCAGACCGAUCAUGUGACUAACCUGCAACCCUUGUGGGACAAUCUGCAGUAAUUGUGCAGCAGAAGUGACUGUUAUUGAAGCAGCGCUACAUCUCCUGUCUGGAAUCUUCACAGUUUAUCCCAGCAAACAAAGUAAUGUUACAUUCUCCAAUUGCAAAUCAAUACUUCAGGCAGCUGAGCACCAAGAUCUCACAACAAUAACAGUAAAAUAACUACUUCAUGCAGCUGAGCACCAAGAUCUCACAACAAUAACAGUAAAAUAACUACUUCAUGCAGCUGAGCACCAAGAUCUCACAACAAUAACAGUAAAAUAACUACUUCAUGCAGCUGAGCACCAAGAUCUCACAACAAUAACAGUAAAAUAACUACUUCAGGCAGCUGAGCACCAAGAUCUCACAACAAUAACAGUAAAAUAACUACUUCUGAAAAUAAACACCUUCCUAGAAACCUAUGCAGUCAAGCUAACUUUACAAUUUACACCAGGACACCACAAUAUACCAGGACACCACAAUAUACCAGGACACCACAAGACACCACAAGACACCAGGACACCACAAUAUACCAGGACACCACAAUACACCAGGACACCACAAUAUACCAGGACACCACAAUACACCAGGACACCACAAUAUACCAGGACACCACAAUAUACCAGGACACCACAAUAUACCAGGACACCACAAUAUACCAGGACACCACAAUAUACCAGGACACCACAAUAUACCAGGACACCACAAUAUACCAGGAAAUGAAAGAGCAGACAAACUAGCAGAACAGGGAGCAUAAAAGGAUCAGCCAAACAUACCUACAUCACUCAACACAGCCGAACAUACCUAAAUCACUCAACACAGCCAAACAUACCUACAUCACUCAACACAGCCGAACAUAUCUACAUCACUCAACACAGCCAAACAUACCUACAUCACUCAUUAUAGCCAAACAUACCUACAUCACUCAACACAGCCAAACAUACCUGCAUCACUCAACACAGCCAAACAUACCUACAUCACUCAACACAGCCGAACAUACCUACAUUACUCAACACAGCCAAACAUACCUACAUCACUGAACACAGCCAAACAUACCUACAUCACUCAACACAGCCGAACAUACCUACAUCACUCAACACAGCCAAACAUACCUACAUCACUCAACAAGCCAAACACCUACAUCACUCAACACAGCCGAACAUACCUACAUCACUCAACACAGCCGAGCAGAUGAUCAGAGCUAACAAAAAAUGAAGAGUGGUUAAAUGGAUGGGCUUUGGGCUCAAUAGGAAGAUGUGUUUUCACCCACAUACCCAGCCCAGAUCCUAAAGAUCCAAUAAACUGCCUCCAGAGACAUGAACAGAUCAUAAUCUUUCGCCUGCACACAUGAUAUAUACAACUUAACCACAUAAAACCAGAUUAAAAACCAAUGUGCCCCCUAUGCAAACAUUCAACUGACACAGUAACACACCACCUCUUCCACUGCCCAGCACUUCAAGACUUACGCCUAAACUAUCUACCCAAAAUACCAGACUGCACCAACACCCCAAAUGCCCAAAAAGGACAGCUGCUAAGAGUGUGUCAAUUCUUCAACCCUGCCAAACGGCACAUGCCCCAUUGGCCACUGGAUCUGAAUGAUGAUGAUAGCAAUGAUGUAAUGUUUUACUUUAAUCAAGCUUGUGGAAUAAAUGCUAAUUUGUCAUUGCUGAUGUUGUUAUGCUUAAAUGCGAAAUGGGAAUAUCUUGUGAUGCAAUUUUUAAAUAGCCCUCAAGUCUUUUAAAACCUCAAUGAAAAUUCGAAGUAAUUUAAUGCUUCUCAGAGUACGUUUGUUCUUUGCUUCUCAGAGUACGUUUGUUCUUUGCUUCCAAUUAAUUUGACAACAACCUUAAAACAAAGACAAACCUCACUUAUCUUCCAGAAUCUACUGAUGACAUUUUGGCAAAGUAUCGCACACCCAAAAAAGCUCCGGCGAAACCUGGCAACAGCAACAACAGCAAUAACAACAACACAUCGUCGGUCAACAACAACAGCGGUGUCAAUCGACCAGACUCUGUUGACGGUGCAGCGACGGGCGGACGGGGGAGCGUGGCUUGUGGAAAUGAUGGCCAGGCUGUUCUCGACGAUGCCGGGCCACAGUUUCUGGACCCCAACAACCUAGAAACUUGCCCGGCCUUCAUGGAUGCAAAAAAGAAGCUGCGGCUCGUGUUGAGCAUGGGAGAUGUGUACUUUGGGAUUGGCCAGGUGAGUGCCGGUGUUUGGUGGAGGCUAAUUGUUGGCCAGGUGAGUGCCGGUGGUUGGUGGAGGUUUAAUUGUUGGCCAGGUGAGUGCCGGUGGUGAUGGAGGCUAAUUGUUGGCCAGGUGAGUGCCGGUGGUUGGUGGAGGUUUAAUUGUUGGGCAGGUGAGUGCUGAGGGUGAUAGAGGCUAAUUGUUGGCCAGGUGAGUGCCGGUGGUGAUGGAGGCUGAUUGUUGGCGAGGUGAGUGCCGGAGGUGAGGGCCGGAGGUUGGUGGAGGUUUAAGUGUUGGCCAGGUGAGUGCCGGUGGUGAUGGAGGCUAAUUGUUGGCCAGGUGAGUGCCGGUGGUUGGUGGAGGUUUAAUUGUUGGGCAGGUGAGUGCUGAUGGUGAUAGAGGCUAAUUGUUGGCCAGGUGAGUGCCGGUGGUGAUGGAGGCUAAUUGUUGGCCAGGUGAGUGCCGGUGGUGAUGGAGGCUAAUUGUUGGGUAGGUGCAGGUGAAUUGUCGGGGCUGGAGUUGCAGGAUGAUGGGUCAUGGUAGAGUCAUGCUCCAGUAGAGUUGGGAAUGACCAGUAUAGUUGGGAGUAACCAGUAGAGCUUGUAUUUGGGAAUACUAGACCUGUUUACCCUCCAACUCUUCAAAUCGUACAAUAUCCUCACAAAAUUGUUCCAUACAUUAUCUGAGUAGUAAGAAAAACAUACGGUAUAAAUAAUAUUUAGGCCUCAAAAUCGUAUAUUGUACGCCCAAAUCGUAAGAGUAAACAGGUCUGGAAUACCAUUUAGAGUUGAGCAUAACAGUGGUAGAGUUCCACCACCAAUGUUCCCUAUAAGGUUUGCUGUUUCGUGUGCAAAAUCAUACAGUUGUGUGCAAAGUUUUACAGCUUCAAUUUUUUUGUGUGCAAAAUUCUACAGCCCACUCACAUGGAAAUUUGCUGCGCGGUACUCAAAACUGCUGCCCGGUACUCAAAACUGCUGCGCGGCGUCUGUGAAAUAGCUGCGCGGCGGGGCAGCCUAAAGGGAACAUUGUCCACCACUAGUCAUUGAUUUUAGUGUUAGGGCAGGUCAUUGCUGACCAUUUCAGGGAACAUAUCCUGUGUCUUUUUCCUCUACUGCUGAUUGGCUUCUGGCAUAUAAAACAAAGAACUAACCUCUACUUCUCAAGCUUAGAAGGCUUGUAUGAAAAAGGAACUCUUGAAUUUUUAUUUUGUGUUCAACUUUAAAGCCAAUGUUUUUAAAUGUUUUUCUGGCUGCUGAUUUGAAAGUACCAACCUUGUUUGCAAAAAUUCAUAAAAUAUAUUGCAGGAUAUUGGAAAUUUUGGGUUGGUGGUGGCAUGGUGCAGUAUAACCAUGUUUGUUCUUCAGAUCUUAUCACUGGGUCUUUGACAUGCAUUAUGGUGGUUGUAAGACAGUGUACACUCAUCACCCUCUAUUGCGCUAUCUUCGAAACCUUUUAAAUUAGUCUGUCCAACCAUUUCUUUUAUACGGGAUUCCCCUCCAGCAGCCCCUACAUUCCCUGAAAUGUGAUUGUUGUCUGGGGAUUCUGGGCCAUGGAAGAUUUAGCCAGCAGUUUCUAUAGUAUUGAUUAAUUUAUUGAUUAAACACAAACAUUAGUUCUGCCUUAUGUUUAUGUGCUUGUUAUGUCCAGGUUCAGUCCAGCAGUCCGAGGGACGGCUUCUCAAUACGGGAGAAUGAGCUGAUCAACAUCCUCAACGCCCAGCUGGCCGAGGCCAUCAACCUGCAGAACAAGGACCUGGUGGCCCAGCUGUACGAGGUCAUUAGGUGCAUCAAGAUGUUUGAUGGUGAUGGGUGAGUUUGGAUGAGCUCCCUUUUGUGUCCUUAAUUCGCAGGAUCUAUUUUAGUUAUGGUAAUUUUUGUAUGUAUUUCCUUCCUAGCUUGAAGAUAAUUUAUUCAAACACUUGGUUUAAUCUUCAGAAAAUAUGAAUGUGUCAAAGGAUUUAAAAAAACAACAAUAGCAACAAAAAGCAACCAAAAAAAUUAACAUUUGAGGGCAAAACUAUGUCACUCUAAUGUGUACAGUUUGAUCUAUUGCACGGCUUAAAUACUUACUUAUGCCUUUUACCCAGCCUGCGGCAUAGGUCAUCUAAAAAAGGGGAUUUCCAUUCAUCUGGGUCCUGUGCUUUCCUUUCCAGGUACUUCCUGGUAUAUCCCAUAUUUUUUGUGUCUGCCUGGUGUCUCCGUGUAUUCUUAGGCCUUCCUGUCGUCCUUUUGUUCUUCCUUUGGAUUUUGAGGGAUUGCCUGGGGGAUUAUUAUCUGGUGUGCCCUAGCCACCUCCAUCAUUUCCUUAUGAUGUCUUCAGGUUCUUGUUAUGUCCUUUCUAGUAAGUCUUUGUUGGUGAUGGUGUCUUGGCCACUUCAUGUUCAGGAUCUUUCUAAGGCAAGUGUUUAUGAGGGUCUGUACUUUCUGCACGAUGCUCGGUGUUCUCAAAGUUUUGGUUCCACGGAGUAGAACUGUUUUGACAUUUGUGUUGAAAAUUCUGACUUAAAUUUGUGGAGUCACUCCUUUGAAUCUCAUAAAUGUUUUCAUAGCACAGCUGCUGACUUUGCCUUUCUAUUUCUAGCCCUGAUAUCAGCUUCAGAUCCACCAUUUAUGUCAAUGGUGCUGCCCAAGUAGUUGAAGGCCUUUGUUACAAGCUCACUUGCUAAGAUUUGCCACACAGAAAUGUGCCAUUCUUUUGCUGAUUUCAUUUCUCUCUCCUAAACCAUAAGCACCCCUUGGGAGUUUAUACCUGCGGGGGAAGAUUCAAAGUUGAUGCUAAUAAAAACAAAAAUAAUGAUGUAAUUGUGAAUAGGGGAAUGGGCACUAGGGCUUGUCUCCUGGAAAGUGGGAAAAGAAUAUAGACAACUUGGCAAGUUUCAUCUUAACUGUAUUUAUUUUUGUAAAACUCUUCCCUCCUCUUCCUGUUAAUAUUUUAAGCUGAGAUUAUUUCAGAUUUUUAGUUGUUUUUUUUUACCUUUGAUGGUUACAUGGCUCAUGGUGACUUGGCUCAUGGUGACUUGGCUCAUGGUCACAUGGCUCAUGGCAAAAUGGCUCAUGGUCACAUUGGUCAUUGUCACAUGGCUCAUGCAACUGGACCUUAAUUACAAGACUUUCAAUUCCCCUUGUGGUACAUAAACCAUCUGACCCUCGUGGUUAAAAGUGUUGUUUAGUUUGACCAGACGUGUCAACGUAUGUAUGUUUCAGUUGCAAGAAGUUGUUGAAGUCCAUGAGAGAGGACUACAGAAACAGGGCAGCUUAUGUGGCCUACUUGGUGAGAUGUCGCCAGGGGCUUCUGGCCACAAGGCACCAACUCCAGCGCCUGUUAAAUAGGAUCAACAGGUGAGGCGGAAGGGGGGGCUGUUCAUGACCUUUGACCUCAAGAAUGAUAUUCCUUUAUUAAUUAUUAAUGGAGAAAAUAGUGGGGUCUUUACAGUAAACGUGUACUUGUCUUAUAAAAGACAAUUAUUUUUUUAGUUACAACACAAGUGUCGGUAUCAUUAUACUCCGUCAUUCAUGGAGGGAAAUAAAAUUAAAGUGUCAUUGUUAUUUUAGGAAUAUAUGUUGUUGGAAGUGAAAGUAACAUACAAAUAUUCUGCCAUUUGCUGUAAAGAUAUAAUUUGUUUGAAAUUGUGUCUUGUGAGGUUGAAAAGUGUUAUUCUCUCAGAAUUUGUUUGAAAUUGUAUCUUGUGAGAUUGAAAAGUGUUAUUCUCUCAUAACUUGAAAUGGUUUCUAGCAUUACAUAUUUUAAACAAUUGUUAUUGACUGAUCAGAGAGAAAGAGAUCUGCAGCAAACACCUGAGCAACAUCUGUGCCAGGAAUUUCUUGGAGAAAAGAGAGAAGCACAUGUGGAAGUUUAUUACAGAAUUUCAGAAGCUGUCCAUGUCUGAUGAGAAGGUAGGAACAUUUUAUUGCAACUUUGGUCAAAAACAAAUAAAUUUUUGUUUUAAAACUUAGUUAAGACUGUAUCUGCUGACUUUGUGUGUGUGUGUUGUGAGGUGGCGGGGGUUUGCCAGUUAGUCAUUUGUGGUCUGCACGGUGGGAAGGGCCAGUAAACAGCAGCAAUCAAUUUCCUUUCUGGUUAAACCCGAUAGGUUUUCCGCUUUCAAAUCUUGAAUUAAUCAAACUCUUGUGAUUGAAUUUGGAGUGUCGAAAAUGUCUGGCAACUCAUGCAUCUGCAAUACUUUGGCUGUUGAUAUUGCCAGAAGAGGAGGCAUUCAACGAGGGGGACCAUCAUCACACCACUGUUGCAUGCUCCGGCCAAACCCCUCCUGGCCGUUGCAAAGUAUUGACUUAAAACAUUCAUUGCAACUUCGCCCCAAAAAAUAAUUUAUAAUUGCCCAGUGGUAUGAGCCAUGUGACCCUCAUUAACUUAAAAUAAUGUAUAAUUGCCCAGUGGUAUGAGCCGUGUGACCCUCAUUAACUUAAAAUAAUGUAUAAUUGCCCAGUGGUAUGAGCCGUGUGACCCUCAUUAACUUAAAAUAAUGUAUAAUUGCCCAGUGGUAUGAGCCGUGUGACCCUCAUUAACUUUUGCCUACACAUUUGAAUUUGUAUUUUUUCUAAUCAUAGUUGAAGCUUGACCUAUAUUAUUUUAAAUAGAAAAAAAUAAACGUUUCCCAACUAUAGUGUUUGUUUGCGCACCCCCCCCCCCCUUCCCAAUGACACUAUUUAGCAUGAGUUCUUCCCCCCAAAUAUCAAGUCAUAUAAUAAAAUUGACUGUAGAUUCUAGGUCGACAACCUGUUUGUAUUAGUGUGCCAAAGUAAGAUUUCUAAUUCAUCCACCUUGCCAAUAACUAAUAUGUCUAUUAUUUAAGAUGAAUUUUUUUUAUUAAUUUAUAAUUAUUUUGUUGGUCUUCCACAUGCCAGUGAAAAUCACUGUGCCAGCUAAGUCUCGCACACAUGCCAUAGGUUGCCAACCCCUGCGACCCCUGCUGUAAAAGGAAACACAAUGACAAUUAUGAUUGAGACUUUUAAAAAAAGAUUAUUCUGGACCAGUUUACUAAAUAUUUUAUGAAUUUUACUUUCCAACAAGUUUUAUUCACUCUCCUCUUUUGAGAAGGCCGCUCCCUAUAAAUUGAUUCAGAUAUUGAUCAGAGUGCCUUCUAUAACUCUGAUUCAGAUAUUGAUCAGAGUGCCUUCUAUAACUCUGAUUCAGAUAUUGAUCAGAGUGCCUUCUAUAACUCUGAUUCAGAUAUUGAUCAGAGUGCCUUCUAUAACUCUGAUUCAGAUAUUGAUCCUAGUCUGAUGCAGAGCCAGACAAAACUAUAAGAAACUAUAAGAAAAAAAAAUUAUUGCUCUUUUUUUUUCCACAUGACAAAAAAAUAUUUCCUUUGAAUUGCUCAACAUCUGUUACAGAUUGAUCAUGUGGAGAAGUUCCUGCUGUUCUUGUAUCAAGAAAUGUCAACAGAUCCUCUGUGGAAAGGUACUGAUACCUCUAACUGUUGUAAAAGCUAAUUUAUUGUGGAAAUGUCUAAAAAUGUCUAAUGUUAGCCUUCCCGUUCAGUUUCUUCUUUUCAGACAAUAAUUUUUUUAUUCUGCCGAGAUUUUGUUUUCUCCACGGUACAAGCAGUGUUUUGUUUAAUGAUCAUUUUCUGUCAUACAUUUUUUUUUUUUUUAAACUUACUAAAUCUUCAAACGACUAUCUAAUGCAGGGGUCUCAAACUCAAAUUACCCGAGGGCGGCGCAUGAGGUAGAGUCUGAGUGAGACUGGGCCGCAACAAGUAUUCCACAAAAAGCGAUUACAAAUUCAAUAAAGUUCAAUUGUUACAAUCGGCUCAACAUUUAUUUAUAACAAAUAAAAACAUUAAGGGCGUCAUAUUGCAUGUCAUUAUUAUUGACAUUAUAUUCUUAGUAAGAAAAGAAAAUUCCCGGUAAUCUAAAGUAAAACUAUUCAGCUAAUAAAUGCUAUGAAAAUAAUGAGUUUCAGAGACGAAAAUGCAUAAAAUGAAAAUAGGGCAAUUCCCACUCGCAAUUUUAAAACUAAAAGAUGUUCAAAGAGAAGGCAGGAGCAGGCAAUAUUGAUGAAUUAUUGAUGAGAAGGAAGGUGCUGUUUUAAGGAGAAUGAAUUUAGACUUUUUAUCCUAGAAAAGGCCUUUUUGACAAACCCUAUUUUGAAAGUGACCAAGCUGACGUACUCGGAAUGACCCUCACUCAUCAUGCUUGCACAAUAGUGGCAAUUUUAAGAGGGAUUCUUUGACACUGUGUCAGAUUGCUACAAUUUACACACUUAUUGUUGUGCAUUACCCACUAACUGGCUUUUUAAACUCGUGAUAUAUUUUGUUUAUAUAAUAUUCUAAGUGUGUUUUCUCAAACCACACUUUGGCCAUGUUUGGCCAAACUUUUAGUCCGACUUUAAAACGGUUUGUACCAUUAUGAUCUAUGCCCAAACCUAUACAAACAUAAUAAAAAUCAGAAGUAAGCUAGUCGAUGAGAUUCAACUGAAACCGUCAUGGAGGGUCACAUUAUAGCUAUGAUAAUGGGGGAAACGCGCAGGUCGCAUGAACACUAAACUUUGCUGUCAAGUAGUGGGCCGCAAAAUAUCGUCUUGCGGGCUGUGAGUUUGAGGCCCCUGAUAUAACUGGAUGUAGAACAUAAAUGGAUAAAAUUAUAUAAGCAAUCUAGUGAUACGUCUCUUUAAAGAGCCCAUUUCUCGCCUCCACCAGCUGCCACGGAUAAACAGAUAGAAGAUGGCCGCCAAGCUGUUGAAAGAUUUUUGAUGAGUCGCAUCUACACUCACGCCAUGUUCCCCAACGGGGAUGGUGAUAUUCUUAGGGACCAGUAAGUCAUUUUCCAUCACAUCGCAGCAUCACCAACAUUUAGUCACAGACAUCUGUUGUUAGAGCAGAACAUUUAACAUGCCAGUGAAAAGAGCAAGCAACCCUAUUGUGAUUGUAAAAUGUCUUGUUAAUGAAACAGCAGAGUGCUCUCCCUUAGAUCUGCAACUGGGAGAAAUUCUGAUUAUGGAUUAUUGUAAAUUUCAAUUUCUAAAAUUUGUUUUUCUUAAAUAUUUCAUUCACAUUUUAAUCUGUAAUUAAACUCUGAUAAUCCCUUUCUCACUGUCACAGGGAGUAGCUAGAGUUUGUUUUAGUCCUUGAAAUUGCCACCACAAAAACCACAAAACGUGAAGAGAACACAUCAAAACUAAGCCAUGCAAAGUAUGUGGAGUGCACAGACACCCUCCCCCUGAAAAAAAACCUCACUAAAAAAACAAAAAAAAACUAUUCUAAAAAAAAACUGUCUCAUUGGAAACAGAAACUUUUAUGGUUUUAAUCCUUCUUGACCCAAUGUAGAUUUCAUCUGAUGCUAACAUUUCCUGCCUUAACUUCAGGCUUCUCCAAGAACACUUGAAGAAAUUGAGCAAGGUGAUAACCCCGUCACACAAAGACCUGCGCAUCCCCAGGAUGUAUCACCUUGAAUGUCCGUGGCCGGCGGCACAGAAAGAAAUCUAUAUGAUCAACGCCUAUAGAGUGAGUGCGACCUGUUUCAUUGGAUCAUCUUUACUUUGCUGAAGUAUUAUGUCCAACACAGUAACAUUUAUUUUUUAAAGUAAAAUGGACAGUGAGAACAGUUUUUGAACCACCGUUUUUAUGAUUUAUAGUGUUAAAGAUCCUCAUGAGCUUGUAUAUCAAAUACACAGCACAGUAACCUAAAGGGGGUUGAGGACCACUGGUAUAAGUAAUAAUUAUUUAUAACUAAGGUUAUAUUUCAAAUACACAGCACCUAGGAGAGUUAAUAUUUUACUUAGCCAUCAAGACAUUUAAAACCAUUAGACAUGUGUUGAGAAUGGACUAUACAACAACACACUAAUAAUUUUAAAUUGUUGCAAGAAAAGUGAUAGAUCAGCCAACUGGGGCUCACAUAUCCAUUAUAACUGUGAUAGGCCAGCCCACUAGAGCUCACACAUCCAUGUCAACCUUGAUCGGCCAGCCCACUAGAGCUCACACAUCCAUCUCAACUCUGAUGGGCCAGCCCACUAGAGCUCACACAUCCAUCCCAACUAUGAUGGGCCAGCCCACUAGAGCUCACACAUCCAUCUUUACUCUGAUGGGCCAGCCCACUAGAGCUCACACAUCCAUCUCAACUCUGAUGGGCCAGCCCACUAGAGCUCACACAUCCAUACCAGCCCACUUGAGCUCACACAGCCAUCCCAACUAUGAUGGGCCAGCCCACUAGAGCUCACACAUCCAUCUUAACUCUGAUGGGCCAGCCCACUAGAGCUCACACAUCCAUCUCAACUCUGAUGGGCCAGCCCACUAGAGCUCACACAUCCAUCUCAACUCUGAUGGGCCAGCCCACUAGAGCUCACACAUCCAUCGCAACUCUGCUUUCAUUCACCAGGCAUCCCCUGUGGUCCUGAAUCAAAUGUGGACAUAAUAAACAGCUGCUCAUUUGUAUGAUCUGAAUUUUGACCCUCUCUUUUAACUUGUUUCUAUUUCUUGUCCCAUUUUGAUCAGCGAUGUCUGCUGAUGAAGGCUCAUAGUCGAAACAUUCUUGUCUCAUCGUCCUGUCCCUUAAUUCAAGCUUCCACACACCUUGUUUAACUAUAUCCUUAACACGGCUUGAACACAGACCUUCAUUUAUUAUCCUUUAUGCCCCCAAGACUCCUAAAGACAAGAUCCAGUGUGUCCUGAGGUGUUCUCAGACCAUUAUGAACCUUUUGAGUAUGGCCAAUGAGAAAUCUGUGCCAGCAGCCGAUGACUUCAUGCCAGUGUUGAUUUAUGUCAUCAUCAAAGCCAAUCCAUUUGGACUCCUCUCUACCAUACAGGUAAUGUUAAAGUCAAUCUACUUGGUCUUCUCUCUACCAUACAGGUAAUGUUAAAGUCAAUGUACUUGCUCUUCUCUCUACCAUACAGGUAAUGUUAAAGUCAAUCUACUUGGUCUUCUCUCUACCAUACAGGUAAUGGACAGCUUCGUGGUUCUUUGAAUGCUAUGGAUUUUUUUUUUUUUUUUUUCAAUUUAACUUAAAGCUUUCAAAUAACCUUCUCAUUUUAUUGGAGAAGGAAUUAUGUUACUUAAAUUGAUGAGAUUUAAAAGAAGUGCAAAAUCAGACAUAAAAAUGAUACCCAUAGACCAUGUUUAUUUAAAAAAUUGUAUUGAAUUUUUUUUUUUUUUCAAUCUUAAGUUACCCAUUCUAAUUUAAUAUUCUGAGUUUGCUUAAUGUAAUUUGUUUUAAAAUGGAACGGUCUCAUGAAUUACAAACAAGGAAGGAAAGAAAUAUAGCAGAGAGCGCAUACCAGCUGUGUGCAAGAAAAGUUAAGACGGGGAUCCUUGACAGCUUUAAAUAACAACUGGUGACAGAGAAAUGAAUAUUUCAGCUGAUUGCCUUUCUCUGCAAACAAUAACUUUUUUAAAUUAAAAAAAAUAAUUUUUUUUAAAAAGGGACAUCAGGCAAUAAAAGCUUUUAAUUUUAAUUUAGAAAGAGCUUGACAAGAUGUUUGUUUAUGUACAACAUGAGAAAAGUAUACAACGUGUAAGAGAAGUAUACAACACAUAAGAGAAGUGAUAACACAUAAGAAAUAUACACUGCAUGGGAGAAUUAUACAAUCCACAAAAGAAGUAUACAAUACAAUAGAGCAGUAUACAAUAUAUGAGUAUAAGAGAAGUAUGCCAUACAGUAAGAAGUAUAAAAUACAGUAAGAAGUAUACAAUACGGUAAGAAGUAAACAAUACAGUAAGGGAAGUAUGCAAUACAUAAGAGCAUUAUAUAAUACAGUAUGAAUUGUGUUGAUGAGGUUAACUGGAGAUGCAAAAAUUUUAAUAAUUAAAUAUAGCUAAAUAUAUAUUUUUUAAUGCUCUACCUACCCCACAGUAUGUGAACAGCUUCUAUGAAAACAGACUCCAGGGAGAGGAACAGUAUUGGUGGUUGCAGAUGACCUCUGCUGUAGAGUUUAUCAAAACUAUGGAGUACUCAACAUAAUCCUGUGCUUCUGGUACUGUUUGAGAUUUGCUCCAGCCGUGCAAGCAGCUCUAUGACAUAGGGUGAUUGAAAAUGGAUCAGUACCUGUAGAGCAACUGAACUGUGCAGUAGUUUCAGCACAAGUACUGGCUUCCGCUUUUUGCCAUGAAGGCUAUUCACGGCGUUUGGUUCCAUGUGCAUUCUCAAAGACUUUUGGAGGUUCUGCCCGAGGAUGGAUGGCCAUUACAGGGACAUCCACAUCAGUUGUCCAGAUAAGAUUUGUUUACUCACAGUUCACGUUUCAUUGACCGCUCACUAGGCCUCCUCUCACCCACUGGAUCAAAGGAACAUUGACACGCCAGCUUUUGUCUGGGAUGUCGUGCGGCUUGGCCAGCUGCCCUGUAGAUAUCAACCCUCUGUGUACUUAUUAGCAUCACAUAGGAUUGUUUUUUUUUAUUGAAAUUAUAUAUUUUUUCAUACUUAGAGUUCAUUAGCAUAAUGUUACCAUUAUUACCUUAAAAAACAAAGCUAACACAGUUUUGAAUAAUUAAUAUGUCAUUUAAGUUUUAUGCCAGUCCCUUAGAUUAUUGGCUCAGCAAGCAGUAUAUUUUGUAAUGCCCAAGUGUGUCUUCUUUGGUGAAACAUCCUUGUUCUUCAUGGGUCAAGCCUGUCCAUGUUGAUAAAGGCACCACAGGUCACGAAGGACGGACCCAGCCUUCACACCACAGGCCAGGGAAGAAAGCCCCAGCCUACACACCACAGGUCAGGGAGGACAGACCCAGACUUCACACAAUAGGUCAGGAAGGACAGACCCAGCCUUCACGCCACAGGCCAGGAAGGACAGACCCAGCCUUCACGCCACUGGCCAGGAAGGACAGACCCAGCCUUCACACCUUAGGCCAGGAAGGACAGACCCAGACUUCACACAAUAGGUCAGGAAGGACAGACCCAGCCUUCACGCCACAGGCCAGGAAGGACAGACCCAGCCUUCAUACAAUAGGUCAGGAAGGACAGACCCAGCCUUUACACCACAGGUCAGGAAGGAAGGACUAACUCAGCCUUCCUCUGGUAUGGGAUAUAAGAUGGUGAUUAAAUUCCCUCAUUUAGAAUUUGAAGUUUUCAGGGGCCAUAAUUAAAUGUUACGCACUAAAUUACUGACUUUUCAAAAUUUGUCAGUAAAUCUAUUUUUUUUAAAAAUCACAUAAUUCCUGAUGUCGUCUUAAAUUUUUGAUUAUACAGUGUUGUUUAUGGUUUACAUAAAUGUUGUAUUAAGUUUUGGUUUAAGGAGAUCAGACAUUUGUCCCGAAAGCAGUGUACAAAUGGAGAGAAAAAAUUAUCUUAUUCAAAUUUAAUAACAAAUACAUAUUCAUAUUUCUAUACAGUGUCCCAUACAGCAUUAAUUUUAUGUUUUUCUAUUCAAUAUCAGAUUUCUGAAUUUUAUUUGAUUUCUAUUUUAAAGCAGCAGUUGUUCAGUAUUGAAAGUGGAGUAUUUUACCUUUGUUGUUGAUAUUUUUUCAACGGAGCAAGUUUAUCUCUAAUAGAGUAAUUCCAAAUUAAAUUAUUUAAAUUUAUAUCUGCUAGUGUAAUUCAAAAGUGAAUUUAUCCGUGUUUGAGGAAUUCCACAGUAAUUUCGUCUCCAUUAUAGGGUGUACAUUGUUAUCUUAGUUUCUACCGUCUCUAAUAAUUAUGCCGUUAACAUGAAAUCAGCAGUCAUGUUUUUGUUUUUUUAAAAGGAAACAAAAUUGCUGUUCAUCUUGUUUACAUCAAGUUUUCAUUUUCAAACAGACGAAUCCAUUGAUGUCUUAUAAUUGUAUCCAGACCUCCAUACAUAUUUGAAAGACCACAUACAUUGAUUCCAUUGAUUGAUGCAUUGUUUUUAUUUUUGAGUUUGUUUUUUAAAAGAUGUAACAACUGUGAUCUUGAUCUUUACACACACACAGAAAAAGAUCUUUGUCUAUUGACUUGCCAAAAUUGUUCUUGAGGAUUAGUUCCCCCCAUCUUUGCGACUUAACGCUGUGCUGGAUAUUUUUCAUCAGCCCACACAAGAUUUGCUUACUAAGCAUUUUCAGCUUUCACUAUUUAUGUCAUGCACAUUUGUUUCUCGAACUCCAUUCCAUUUUUUGAAUAUUUUUUUCUAUUUUUUCUUUGUGUCAUUGGAACGGAAAAUAUUUCCCGUAAAGAUAAGUAAUCCUUGUUAUUAAUUGGCAUGUGUGUCUACGAUUAUGUGACACAUGUGUCUAUGAUUAUUUAACAUAUGUGAAUGAUUGUUCGGCAUAUGGGUCUGAUUAUUUGGCGUAUGUGUCUAGGAUUAUUUUGCAUGUGUCUGAUUGUUGGGCAUGUGUCGUUGAUCAUUCGACAUAUGUGAAUGAUUGUUUGGCUUGUGUCUAUGAUUAUUUGACAUGUGUCUGAUUGUUUGGCAUAUGUGUCUAUGAUUGUUUAGCAUGUGUCUGCUUAUUUGGCAUAGGUGUCUAUGAUUAUAUAGCAUGUGUCAGUGAUUAUUCGGCAUUUGUGUCUAUGAUUGUUCGCCCUGCUGUUUGAGGUGGUAGCAGCAGUCAUGUUUUGUUCCGAUUCAAUGAUUUAAAAAGAAAUAAUUUUUUAAUAGAAAACUUGUUACAAUAUUCUUUUUUUUAAAGCGGACUCACUCUGCUGCUGUGCCUGCAUUUGAUUUGAGUCCAGUGGUCUCCAAAUUGUUGGCCACGUGCACUCCUUCAAGAACGUAUCUGUCUCUCAUGGAAGUUCAUAUCUCCUUUAUGAUACUUUCUCCUCAAUUUCAUCAUUGUUUUAAAGCGUUGGGUUCUGUGACAACUUACAUACAAGUAAAGAUAAGAUUUGCGUCAAACUAAAGAAGUUUUUGGUUGACAUAAAAAAUAUAAAAAAUCCUCCUAAAUAUUGUGUAAUUUUUGUCUAAAGUUAAUGCUCCAUAUAAACCUAUAGCAGCUUUAGAAUGUCAAAUAAAUAUGUAUAAAAUUAUGUACUGGUUAGCAAAAACAAGUAUUUUUUAUUGCUUUGAAUUAUCAAAAGUCAUUUAACAUUAAUUUACUAAUUAUGAUUUGUUUCAUAUCUUUUAUUUUAUAAUGUAAAUUGUUUUGUAAAAAAAAAACAUUUAUUUAUUCUCUGCUUGUAAAAUCCUUCUCUGUGAUGUGUCCUCGGUGGCGAGGUAGGUGUGAUUUCCUAAAUCGGGUGUAAAAUCUCAUUUGUACCUACAUUUUCCCUCUCUAUUUAUUGUUGAUUGCAAACUCUGGGGCAUUGUCCGACAGUCAUCCUGCUAACUCUAGAACAGUAUCGACUACACAGGCUUAGAAGUUAUCGCUACAAUCGCCUUCAGUUAUCUGUCACUCUCAGUUCUGAGAUAAAAUGUCUGGUAUAAAUCACAAUCUAAUGACAUGGCGUAAAGCAUUGUCAUUUUUUUAUUGUUUUUCUUGGCAACCUUUGAAACGCAACCCAUUUUGGGUCCAAGGGGCUCAAUUUCUGACAUUGUGACAGGAGCUAUGUAACAUGAUUAAAAAAUUCUUCGGUGGGGCGCCACACAUGAAACGUUUGCAAUCCUCCGUUGCUGUAGAGGCCACUACUUUUAACCACGGCUGGCGGUCAUAUGACAACAUAUCUCAUUGUUUUUAGUAUUGACUGCCCUCAUUAAACCAGAGCUUUUUAUCUCUAACCUAUGACCUUAUUAUAAGAGUGGUCCAGGUUCAGAUCUAGACAGCUGUGAUUCAAACAAUAUUUGUUGGAAUAGAUGUAAGGAAAGCCUGUUUGUUCAAUGUAGAGUUAGUUUCAUAAAUUUUUGCACUUAAAAAAUCAUGGUCCUCUGUACAUGAGGUUUCUACUUGUCGUAAAAGUUCAUUUUCAGCUGACAGCUUCAUUCAUAUUUUAUAUUCAUGCGUUUUCAAAUAUUAAAAUGUUCCUAUUUUAUAUUCUGUUGUUUGAUUAGUUAAACCAUUUAUUUCGUCAUUGCAAUACAUUGACC